UCACGACUCAGCCUACUGCAAUGCUGUGGGUUGCUCCUGUUUGGCGGCUGGGGGCAUCUGAAACAGGAACCAACCAUCGCGAGUUGCUUAUCACGUGACCAGAAGUAACCAGAUCAGGCAUAGAUAGGUACGCGGUGCGCUAUUUCAAGUGUUCUGGGCUCUCUCACAGACCCACGACAGUUGCAUACACACACACACAUAUCUGCCCCAGUAUACUCUCCUUACGGUACACACGGCACGGUACUGGCAUUUGCUCGGCAGACUAGACUCCAACAUGUCCCCAACCAGUAUGGACCGUCUCCUCCGCAUCUUCGCACAGAUCAACACCCAUCUCACGUUUCUCGCCGCCCAUUCACGCUCUACCAUCUCCACCAUCGAGCUUCUCCAGAAGCUAAACCCAGCAAUCGUUCCCCUGGAUCUCGCCAUUAUCAAGCACCUCAUGCCCCCAGGAGAGAUCUUCUUCGACUACUGCGACGAAAAUCAACUCAUGCUAUCCUUCAUAGAGAAUGUGAAGUUCGAGUGGUCCACGGGCUAUCAGCAGACUAAGAAUGAUGUUUAUGAGAAUAUCGGCGGCGAACAACACGAUUCCAGACAAUUGCUAGUGUUUGAUUUCCAGGACACCAAGAUGCACGGUAUCGGGGCAGCCACGAAAAAGAGAAAACGGAAUGAGGUUGAAAGUGAUGAUAGGCUAGGAUUUUUCCUUUCAAGUAAGGACCUAAAAAUGCAGGGACUCACAAAUGCUCAAUUGCUUCAGAUGAUCCAAAGCCGAAAUAAGAAGUUCAAUAAAAUUGUGACAGACUACUGCCACAAUUUCACAGAGGAUGAAAUCAAUCAGGGAAGACCAUGGCAGGCUUUGGUAGAAGUAGUAGCUGACAAAAUUCCCCAACCUCCAGAUAUGAGUGACCCAUUGGACUCCUUGAGAGAAAGCGCAGAAACCAAUCUGAGUUUUGAAAUUGAAAAACCAAGCCUCGAAGCAAUGAUCACGGGAAUCAAAGAAAAGCCAUUUUACAAAAAUCAGAUCGUGGGUGUUAGAACUUUGACUCCAGCACAGGAAGCAAAACUAACAAAAUUUAAACCCAGCGGCGACUGGGAAUUUCAUCCCGACUUGAAAGAAGCAUUGUAUAAUUAUCGUGGUAUCUCCAUAGAUGAUGGUUUGUAUUCACAUCAAACCGAAGCACUUGAAGUUCUAAUGGCACAGCAAAAAAAACAUGUAAUCAUAAGCACCUCCACCAGUUCAGGUAAAUCUUUAAUUUAUCAACUACCAAUUUUAAACGAUAUUUUAUGGAACAUUCAUAGUGGGAUUACUGAAAGGUCCACAACCGCAAUUUUUGUCUUCCCUACAAAAGCCCUAGCACAGGAUCAGAAGAGACAUUUGCAAGAAUUUAUCAAUUAUUUGCCAUCAUCCGAGACCAGACGAAUUAUUGUAGAAACAUAUGACGGUGACACCCCAGCGAAAGAUAGACAUUGGGCAAAGUCUUUCGCAGAUAUUAUAUUCACAAAUCCUGAUACAAUUCAUGCGUCCAUUCUUCCAAACCACGAUGGCUACGCUUCUUCGAACUCUUCGGGAUGGGGUCAAUUCCUAAAGACUUUGAAGUAUGUGGUAAUGGAUGAGUUACAUGUAUACAAAGGGACAUUUGGGGUUCACGUGUCAUAUGUGAUGGCAAGACUAAACAGAAUAUGUAAUAAGGUUUAUCUCAACAACUCAAUUAGAUUCAUCUCCUGCUCUGCAACAAUCAUGAAUCCAAUUUCACAUUUCAGAACUAUUUGUGCAAUAAGAAAGCAUGAAAUAGUCGUUCAUGUAUCUAAAGAUGGCAGUCCUUGCGGGGAGAAAAAGUUGAUAGUCUGGAAUCCACCACCACUAAUGAAUAAACGAGGUCAGCACUCAAUUGAAACAUUUUUCGAAACAGACACCAAUGAUGAAAAUUCUAAAUCGAAGUCUUCUAAAUUUAUCCCAAGAGAAAAUAUCAUUCCGGAAACUGCCAGACUCUUACUCCAUAUCUUGCACAAAUUUCCAUCGAUCAGAGUGAUAGUCUUUUGCCCUAUUCGAGUUGUAUGUGAACUUCUAAUUAAAGAAGUCAAGACCCUCAUCCAGAAUAACCCGCUGUAUAAAUUGAGUGAAGCAGAUGUUAUGUCCUAUAGAGGAGGCUAUUCAAAGUCAGACAGAAGAACGAUUGAACAAAAGAUGUUUUCAGGUCAGUUAAGAGCCAUCAUUGCAACUAACGCAUUGGAAUUGGGGAUCGAUCUAUCUGAUCUUGACGUUGUGAUAACUUGCGGAUUUCCAAUGCUGAAGCUGAAUCUACAUCAACAAUUUGGUAGGGCUGGUAGGUCGAGAGAUUCUCAAGGAAGUUUGGCGUUUUUUGUGGGUGGUCCCAACCCAAUAGACCAGCAUUACAUUAAAAAUAUAGAUGAGUUGUGUGACAAGAGUACGUAUGAGGACUUGUGCGUUGAGGGACUUUUGGGUAUGGGAUCUAAUGAGUUGAUUAUGGAACAACACUUACAAUGUUCAUCCUACGAGUUUCCAAUUUCUACGGACGACAUGGAUUAUUUUGCACCCGAUGAAUCAGCUUCAAAAUCGAAUACCUUUGUGAAGCUCUGCCGAAAACUGUUAUACAAGGAUGCUAAAGAUCUUUAUCGCACUAAUCCAAAAUAUCUUCCUUGGCCCUCAGAGCACGUAACAAUUAGAUCUAUUGAAAACAGCAUGUUCGCAGUGGUCGAUAUAACCAACAACAGGAAUGUUGUAAUUGAAGAAGUGGAAGCAUCCCGUACUAGCUUUACUCUAUACGAGGGGGGUAUAUUCUUGCAUCAAGGUAUGCCUUACCUUGUGAAGGAGUUCAAUUACGAUGAAAAAUUCGCAAAGGUCACCAGAGUAAAAGUUGAUUGGACAACUAGUCAAAGGGAUUUCACUGAUAUUGAUCCCGUGGAAAUUGAUUACGUUAAGCAAUUAUGCCCUCCCGAUUCACAAAGACCGAGUGAUAUUCCUGUUUAUUUUGGAAAAAUACUUACAACAAUUAUAGUCUUUGGCUUCUUUAAAGUUAAUCGAAGAUCGGAAAUCCUCGAAGUCGUUGAGGUAAACAACCCGCCAAUUAAGUUAGAAUCCAAAGGAUUUUGGAUUGACAUACCAAAUAUUGUCUUCGACGUAAUAAAAGAAAAAUCAUUGUCACCAGCCGGAGGAAUUCAUGCUGCUCAACACGCCAUCAUGAAUAUCUUACCUUUGUUCAUAAACGGAGGCGCAUCCACAAAUCCGAACGCUAAAUUCAGUUCAAAUAUUGGUGAGUCCGAACUUAUGACUGAAUGCAAGGCUCCUGAGAAAGAAUUUGCCCAAAGGCAAACUAAUAGGAAAAGACCAGCCAGAUUGAUUUUUCAUGAUACCAAUGGUGGCGAGAAAGGCUCUGGCAUUUCAUUGAAAACAUUCGAACACAUAGAUGAUAUUUUGCACACAACAUACAUGAGAGUUAGGGGCUGUGAGUGCGAUUGGGGAUGUCCUGGUUGUGUAACUGCGCUGUUCUGUAAAGAAAUGCUGCAAGUGAUGUCAAAACCUGCUUGUAUUUUGAUUUUAGCAGGACUUCUAGGAUACGAUUUGUCGGUGAUUAAAGACGAAGUUUUAGAUGGCCCAGAAGCAAAUAUGCCCGAUUUGAAAGUUGAAACAAUCCAAACUGGUGGACUGGUGGUGAAAUUCUCGCCCGAUCUUCAGAUUCUUGAAGUAAGAAAAGCAACAAAGAAACUAAUGAAGGUCGAAGAAGUGAAAGAAGAGAUUCAAGAUUCAGAGCUGGAUUUUCUAGGUAAUCACAGUCCGGAGGUUAAAGUAAAGGAAGAGGAUUUUCAUGAAGUGAUUGAAAUUACUGAGAUUUAGUUAUCUUUUUGUUUGCUUCAUGAGUCUUUGUUUGGUCAUUUUCUUUUCAUUAUUGAAUUCUAUAUGCGUUCAUCCAAUUUAAUACUUAGUGGAAUUUUUUCUACUAGUAAUCAUUGAAGCCUUCCGUGAAAGUCUUUGGGCAAAACUUCCCUUUUUGGCCGGAAAUUCCUCGUUGGAGAACCCUGAGUCAAAUGACGCUUGUCUGGGAAGACUGAGCUUGCUUGAUCUUUGUGAAUUGUUUCUCCGAACAUGCAAAAAAUUAUCACUUUGAUUUCCAUUAAGAUAU